AUGUCGUGUACCUUGGACAUAGUGAAGCAACAUACGUUGGUCGUUGCUGACACGGGAGACUUUGAAAGUAUCCGAAAGUACUGCCCAGUAGAUGCCACCACUAACCCCUCCCUAAUAUUGGCGGCCUCAAAAAUGCCGCAGUAUUCUUCAAUUCUGGAUGAAGCUGUAAAGCGUGCAAAGUCCGCUUCCAGUGAUCUUAAUGAGCAGAUCAGAAUUGCAGCAGAUUACACCUUCGUCAUGUUUGGUAAAGAAAUUCUGCAAAUAAUUCCUGGUCGCGUUUCCACAGAAGUUGAUGCCAGACUCUCAUUUGAUAAAGAUGCUCAAGUCAUGAAAGCCUUAGAUCUAAUUAAUUUAUACCAUCAAUAUGGUAUUCCGAAAGAACGGAUUCUUAUUAAAUUGAGCUCAACAUGGGAAGGCAUUCAAGCUGCGAAAGAAUUGGAGUCUUUGCAUGGCGUCCACUGCAAUCUGACUUUACUUUUUUCUUUUGCUCAACAUUUUAAUAACUGCUUGAAGGCUGUGGCUUGCGCAGAGGCCGGCGUUACACUCAUAUCUCCAUUCGUCGGUCGCAUCUAUGAUUGGCAUUUGGCGAAAAAAGGAGUGAGAAAAUUUGGACGUCUUGAUGACCCAGGGGUUAUUUCAGUUACAAAAAUAUAUAACUACUACAAAAAGUUUGGAUACAAGACUCAGGUGAUGGGCGCUUCUUUUCGAAAUGUUGAACAAAUUCUUGGCCUUACUGGAUGUGAUCUUCUUACUAUUUCUCCAAGUUUACUGGAAUCUCUUGCCUCUAUGAAUGAAAGUCCCCAAGUUUAUCUAUCGGAAGAUACAGCUGCCUCAAAAUGCCCUGACACAAAACCGAUUCAUUUGGAUGAGCCUACCUUCCGUUGGCAACUUAAUGAGGAUGAAAUGGCAAACGAUAAACUCUCAGAGGGCAUCCGUAAAUUCGCCGCCGAUUCGCGUCUUUUAGAAAAACUUUUGCGCGACCGCCUUAUUAUGUAA